CCCCGCGAGAGGUGAACGAGCGCCGCCGCCAUGGCGUCUCGCAAACGUACCCUGCUGAAGGUCAUCAUCCUCGGAGACUCCGGCGUCGGCAAGACGAGCCUGAUGAACCAGUACGUCAACAGGAAGUUCAGCAAGCAGUACAAGGCUACGAUCGGCGCCGAUUUCCUCACCAAAGAGGUGCAGGUUGACGAUCGACUCGUCACCAUGCAGAUCUGGGACACCGCGGGCCAGGAGCGGUUCCAGUCCUUGGGCGUCGCCUUCUACCGCGGCGCGGACUGCUGCGUCCUGGUCCACGACGUCAACACCGCGAAGACGUUCGAUAACCUCGAGAACUGGCGCGACGAGUUCCUCAUCCAGGCGUCGCCGAACGAUCCCGAUAACUUUCCAUUUGUCGUGCUCGGGAACAAGACGGAUGUCGACGGAGGCGCGUCCCGCGUCGUGAGCGAGAAGAAGGCCAAGAGCUGGUGCACCUCCAAGGGCAACGGUGACAUCCCGUACUUCGAGACGAGCGCCAAGGAGGACGUCAACGUGGAGGAGGCGUUCGCGUGCAUCGCGAGGAACGCGCUGAAGAACGAGGCGGAGGAGGAGAUCUACCUCCCAGACACCGUGGACGUGAACCAGGGCGCCGCGAAGAAGGGCGGGUGCUGCUGAUUGAUUGUUUAUGUAUGCCGAUGUGUGCCGGGUGUGGCGUCGCGGACGACGGGACGGACGGACUCUGAUGUAAUCUGAUUCAACCUCACGUUC